UUGUUGUUGUUGUUGUUGUUAGUUAUUAUUUCCCACUGCCAACGUUUGGAGAACGGAAAAUGAAUGUUCGGCCAUGGCUAAUAAUGCUAUUCGCUGGCGGUCUGGGUUCGCUAGCCCAACCACAAAUUCCGAGUGACAUGAAAACGUUCAAUAUUGUGGAGUGGCGAAGCGAUAAAAAUGAAAAUUUCAGUGCAGAUCUGCACAAAAACCCCCAAUUGGUGGCUGAGAAGAGGGGCUAUCCAUUUACAAAAACCGAACUCGAGCUCUAUGCCGAAAGCAUCAAGUUGGUGAAGAACGAGAAUUGUCGUCGCGAUCUGAAUGCCACCCUUAGGGGCAUUAUAAACGCCAAUCCGUGGGCCACAGCGCUGUAUGAUGCAACUGUUAAAUCAGCGGUUGGAAUUGAAAGCGCGGUAUUACAUCAGUUCGGACACUACGACCAGUGCCUCAAUCAGCAUAAGUUCGUUGACCGACAACGGUACUCCGACAAUACUGAUGUACCAUCGGUGCGUGCCCAAUACUGUCUGGUCAGUGUCUACAUAAAUGGCUUGAAUGUCCACGACAUCAAUUCACGUGCCACGCAGCAAACUCCACAUCAGGAUCCAGGACAGAUCACCGAAAGCUUUUGGGGCGUAUGCGUACCGGAUAGCUGUGGCAUCGAUGACAUUAACAUCCAUUUGUCGAACUGGCUGCAGCACGAGGUGGUUGGGGACCCAUCUUUGUGCCAAACGACUGACUCUACGAGUCUACAGAUGAGCAAGGCCAUGUUUGUUUAUGCCUGCAUCAUUCUGUUCUUUGUGCUGCUGUCUGUGCUCAGCACCCUGUACCACGCCUACCUCUUGACAUUCAGAGCCACGGAUGACAAAAUGACGGCCAAAGAGGGCAAUCAAACGCUUAUAAUGGCUCUGUUAUCAUUCUCAAUUAUUGAGAACACAAAGAAGCUGUUCCAAGCCAGCAAAGAUCAACUGGGCCUCAACUCAAUAAAUGGCAUUAAGGCAUUGGCCAUGUUGCUAAUUCUGGCCGGCCAUGCCUUGUCCUUCAUUCUUGGUGGACCCAUGUACAAUUCCAAGUUCAUAAACGAGCAAUUGCGUCUGCCCACGUUCUCAUUUCUGACGAACUCACUGCUCUUUGUGGACACUUUCCUGCUGCUGAGCGGUUUCCUCUUCUGUCGUAUUUUGCUGAUCGAGCUGGAGCGUCGACGGGGCAAGCUCAAUGUGCUGGUGCUCUAUGUGGCUCGGUAUAUACGUCUUACGCCAGCGUAUAUGGCUAUAAUAGGCUUCUAUAUGACUUGGUUUCCCUAUGUGGGCAGUGGUCCGAUCUGGAAGCAGCGCAUUAGCUUGGAACAGCAACGUUGCCAGUCAUCCUGGUGGCUCAACAUACUCUACAUUAACAAUUAUAUCAACACAGAUCUGCUGUGCAUGUUCCAAUCGUGGUAUCUAUCGGUGGACUCACAGCUGUUCUUUGUGGCUCCGAUCGUCAUCUAUAUAACGUACAGAUCUCGCCUUAUAGGGCUACGUUUACUCUACGCACUGGUGGUGAUCACCGCAGCUAUUCCCUUUGCCGUCACCUAUGUGGAGCAGCUCGAUCCCACCCUAAUGGUCUAUGCGGAUGAGGUGCACGAUCUGGCACGCAACGAUUUCUACAUCAAGUCGUACAUUAAGACGCACAUGCGUGCCUCGGCAUAUAUAAUCGGUUUGCUGGUCGGCUAUUUGGUGCAUGUAAUGCAGGAGAAGCGUAUCACGUUGUCGCCCCAGCUGGUGCGCUACAUUUGGCUGAGUGCGGUCUUCAUUGGCGUCGGGUCCAUGUAUGGGGUUACGCGCUUCUAUGUGGUGCCAUAUACGGUGGUGGAAAGCAGUCUGUACGCCGGAUUCCACAAACUUGGCUGGAACUUUGCCGUCGGCUGGUUGGUGUUGGCCGUAACGACAGGACAUGCUGGUUGGCUACAGCGGGCCCUUAGCAUACGGGCUUUCGCUCCAAUUAGUCGGCUAACCUACUGCGCCUAUUUGUCCAACGGAAUUGUGGAAUUGUACCAUAUGGCUAGCAUUCGACAGCCCAACUAUAUGGGCUACCUAAGCCUAACCAAUGAUGUCUUUAGUCACAUGCUGGACACCUUUCUGCUGGCCGUCGUCGUCUGUCUGCUAUUCGAGUCACCCAUACAUGCGUUGGAGCGAAUAUUGCUGCGGAGUUACGGGGGCAGGGAGACGGGACACGGAAGCCAUAAUUGUGCCAAACAGGGUAAAGAAACAACGCCAAACACCUCGGAGGAACAGCUACCAUAGUGGUGAUGUGUUGUGCUCCUUGGGUGUUGGUGUAGCGUGGAAAAUGCGCUGUGAUUGCCCAAUUUUCGAUAGGAAUUUUAGAAUUAAGGUAUCGGAGCUUUUUCUGUUUGUUUGUACCUACAUAUAUCGCGUAUACUAAAGGACAAAUCAACCCUUU